AUGGAAUUAUUAAACAUCUAAUAGCUUAUUCGAUUACACAAAGAAUUCAUUCACAUCUAUUAUUAGCAUUUACAUAAGAGAUCUAAAUUAAUAUCUUUCUUUAUAGGAGUUGGUAUUGAUUUCUGUUAAUAUCAGCAUCCUUCUAUUUAAUAAAGACUUUUGCUAAAUUAUUAUGGAUGACAAUUCCAAGAGUAAGAAGAAACAUAAUUUAGAGGUAUGGAAGAAAUUCAUGGGCUGUAGUGACAGGAGGAACUGAUGGUAUUGGAAAAGAGUUUUGUAUCGAAUUGGCUAAAUAAGGAUUCAAUAUUGUAAUAGUGGCAAAAAAUGAAUAAAAAAUGAAUGAACUCUCUUAAUAAUUAUAAAAUUUUCAAGUUGAAACCAAAAUAAUAGUUGCAGAUUUUAGCUAAGAGCAUUCAAUUGAAUUUUAUGAAAAAGUGAAAUCUGAUUUAAGAUAUUUAGAUAUUUCAAUUUUGGUAAAUAAUGUAGGUAUAGGAGAAGGAUCUUUAUUUGUUUAAGAGAAAAUGGAAAAUAUUCUAAAGAUAUUUAGAGUCAAUGCUUUAUCAACAUUAAUGAUGACAAAAAUAUUAAUCAACAAAUUAGAAUUUAGAUAGAAUAAAUCAGCUGUGAUUACUGUUUCAUCUGGCUUAACAUAUUUGCCAUGUCCAUUUGUUAGUGUUUAUUCUAGUACAAAAUCAUUUAUUCAUUAUUUCACUCAAUCCUUAGGGUUGACAUAUAAGAAUACUGAUUUUAUAAGUGUCACACCUUUGGGAGUAAGAACUAAAAUGUUGGCUAUGAAAUAAGGACCAGAAAUUAUAGAACCUAAUUAAUUGGUGAAAAAUGUAUUGGAUGAUUUAAGAUUAGGAAAAAAAAUUAGUUAUGGAUGUAAUAUUCAUAAGGGUAUCAUUUAUUAUUUUUUAUGGAGAAACAAAAACUAUAGAGAUUAAAUUAGAAUUAGAAUUGGAAAUAAUUUAAGAGAUUUAUAUCUCUAAUAAUAAUGA